AUGGAGCUCUAUGAACGAAUAUGCAAAAAGUGUCCCGACAGCUGGCAUCAGUUUGAGACCAAGUGCUACUACUUCUCCUCUCAGCAGCUGACCUGGAGCUCCAGCAGAGCCUGGUGCCAGACGCGGGGGGGCGACCUGCUCGUCGUCAACAGUCAACCAGAACAGAGGUUUGUUUUUGAGAGCAGCCGGGCUGUGGAGGCGAGCAGCAGCCGGCUGUGGAUCGGCCUGACAGACGCAGAGGAGGAGGGGGAAUGGAGCUGGGUGGACGGCAGCCCGCUCAACUCAGAUCUUCAGUUCUGGCUGAGCAGAGCGGGACUGGGGAUGGAGCCUGACGACUGGAAAGUGGACGACCCUCUGGGAGAAGACUGUGCACACAUAGACACCAGUGAAAACGCACUCAAGUCCUGGAUGGAUGGUUCCUGUAAGACAGCUUACAGAUGGAUCUGUGAAAAGAAUGUUUAG